AUGGACAAAAGGAGGGAAUCAAGAACGCCUAAGAAGAUAAAGACGAGGAACAAGGACGAGGAGGGCGAACACACACAGGAGAGAACGCACGAGGACAGAAAGGGAUGGAUGAGGAGGAGAGGGAAGAGGAGAGAGAGAAGUGUCGAGUGGGUUUCCCUCAGAAUCCUCUCUCUGGCUUCUCUGGCUUCUCUGGCUUUUCUCGUUGUGGAGAGGGAAGGGAUCUAUCUGGUCUUGCUGGUGGAUUGCUCUGUGACAGCACCAGCCCCUGGAAACGUGACAGCUCCAACGAGGAAAGGCUUCGGUCCGGCGGUGGAGAUCAACUAUCGAUGGCCUUGCUCUGUGCCCACUUGCCCGUCCCCAAGACUCCAAAGACUCAACGAGACUCCAACAAGUUACAAGGGCUCCACCUGGAGGGCUCUAGCAAACCAACCGCGUGUUGAGGCGCCACUAGCGCUUUUUUUUCCUGAGUACCCUCCCUCCAGACUCGUCGAGAAGAUAAUUUGA